GCAUGUGUUCGGAAAUUGCCCGCAUUUCCUGGACUAUUUCUGAUUUAGUCUGACCCCGGGCUGUGUGUAGCUGACUGUUAUAUAUCGAUAUUUACUGAAAAUAUUCAACGUACUUAGUUUUGCUCUUCAGCUAUUAACUGCAGUGAGACGGACGUAAUGAACGGUCUAGUCGGAUCAGCAGUAAGGUGUUUGCGGGUAGGAUCUGUCUGUUGGACAGGGUUGCGGGUUGAUGGGCAUCUGUCGUGUUCCUCAGUCAGAUUCCUGUGUGCUGCGGCUGGGCAGAAGGACUUCGCAGAGAUCGUGAAGAAGGACAAAGUGGUUGUGUUUAUGAAAGGGACACCAGCCCAGCCCAUGUGCGGCUUCAGCAAUGCUGUAGUUCAGAUCCUACGGAUGCAUGGAGUGGACGACUACGGCGCAUACAACGUGUUGGACGACCAGGACCUCAGGGAAGGAGUGAAAACCUUCUCUAACUGGCCUACAAUCCCGCAAGUCUUCUUCAACGGGGAAUUUGUGGGCGGCUGCGACAUCCUUCUUCAAAUGCACCAAAACGGGGACCUCGUGGAAGAACUGCAUAAGUUGGGCAUCCGCUCUGCACUUUUAGACGAAAAGGACGGGAAAUCUAAAUAGUCGAACUAAUGUGGGCCAGCCAAGGGGACGGAAUCAAUUUUAUUUGGUCCUGAGGAUUGUUGUGUCCAAUGUUGCCUGACCAGUCGUGCUGAAAGCUAAUACUGUUGUCAGGUGUUACAAAAGGAGAAUGCCAAAGUAGCGGUGUAUUGUCCUCACGCAGUCCUCACGCAGUCCAAAACCUCAAGCAAACAAAACAUUAAGCAAACACUGCUCUCCUGCUGCAUACUUUUCAGAGAUGCUGGUUUAGUGCACUUUGUAUUAAAUUGUUGUACAAAAAUAUAUUAUCAAAUAUAUUUCUAAAGCUUGUAAAAUCUUCACGUUAAUAAAAGGUUUUAACGCACAA